CCAGCUCUCACCAGCUCUGGUGCCUCCUCACGUCUCUCAGCAUGGCGCUGCCCUUGGCUCUUGCAGUCCUGAGCCUUCUACCUCUGCUGAACGCCCAGAACCCGGCAUGUGCCAACCUCACAGUGGCACCUAUGACCAAUGCCACCCUGGACAGGAUCUCUGGCAAGUGGUUUUAUAUCGCCUCGGCCCACCGGGACCCGGAGUACAAUCAGUCUUCCCGGAUCAUUCAGGCGGCCUUCUUUCACUUUACCCCCAACCACACGGAGGACCAGAUCCUGCUCCGAGAAUACAUAACCGUUAGGGACAAGUGCGUCUACAACUCCAGUUACCUGUGGGUGCAGCGUGAGAAUGGGACGAUCUCUAAAUAUGUAUGGGGCAGAGAACAUUUUGGUCACCUGCUGUUCUUCAAGGACCCCAAGAUCUUCUUCCUUGCUUCCAACCUAGACAACAAGAAGAAGCAGGGGCUGUUUUUCUACACUGACAAUCCCGUGGCAACUAAGGAGCAACUGGAAGAGUUCCAUGAAGCCUUGGCGUGCCUGGGCAUGCACAAAUCGGAAGCUGUCUACACCGACUGGAAAAAGGUACAUGCAGGGACUGGGCAGUGCCCACCUGAGAGCGGCCUUGCCUUGGUCAACACAGGCUGCCCAGAGAGGGACAGCAGCCAGCCAUAGCUGCACAGCGGAGCAGGUCUCCUGCCUUCAGCACCUGCCUCACUGCAGAGACAGCUGAGAUUCACAGAGGCCAAGGAUCAGUGUGAGCCACAGGAUUCGCAGGAUGAGAAGGAAAAGAAGACUGACGAGGAGGAGUCCUAGGAGAACAGUGUUUGAGACCAGACCUCUGGGGCUUUGGGGACCAUCCUUACCCCCAACUCCUUUUUCGUACCUCGGUUAUUUCGUCCCAUUGCAUUAAUAAAGGGUCCGGAGUUGGGACAGUCA